UCACGUGGGAGCGCGGUGGGUAUGGCGGCCGGCCGGAGACGGGUACUGCUCGGGCUUCGAGACGCGGCUGUGGACAGCUGCCCUAAGGGGCCCGCCGCCUGGACGGCCAGCAAGCUGGGCGGCUUCCCGGACGCCCUACCGGCCGUUGCCGCUCCGAGGCCGCGGUGUGGCCGCUGCGAACAGCGGCUCUCGCUCGUCGUGCAGGUGUACUGCCCGCUGGAGGGCUCCCCGUUCCACCGGCUCCUGCACGUGUUCGCCUGCGCCCGGCCCGGCUGCGGCAACGGCGAGACGCGCAGCUGGAAGGUGUACCGCUCCCAGUGUCUGCAGGUGCCACCGGAAACCACUCCGAGCGUCGAGAAACAGGAUAGUGGCCUUGAAGCUGAGAAAUGGUGUGAAGACGCACAGGACUGGGGAAGUGACAACGAAGAGACACUUACAUCAGUACCAACUACCUCAGACUUGAGAUCCAGUUCUGACAGUGGCAGAGGUGUCGAUUGGGCUGAGCAGCUCCAAGCUCUCCACAUCCAGGACACUACUUUAGCUGUUGCUCGCCCUUCCCCUUCACGGGAGAGGCUCUCAAUACUUCCUAAAGUGCCACAGUUCCAGCCCUACUAUAUCUGUGUUGCCGAAGAGGACGAUUAUAGGAACGCUGUGAAUCUUGACCAUGCCCACAGCCUUCUGCGGGAGUACCAGCAGAGAGAAGGUGUUGACAUGGAGCAGCUGCUUUUCCUGUGUGAUGCAGACGAAAAGUACGAGAAAGCCAAAAUGAAAAGUGGAGAUCAAACGUUUUACAAGUUCAUGAAGAGAAUUGCUGUUUGUCAGGAGCAGAUUAUGAGGUAUUCGUGGAACGGAGAGCCUCUCUUUUUGGCCUGCCCCACAUCAGACAUCUCUGAUAUCCCAGUCUGCAGCGGCUGUGGAGGCGAGAGGACGUUCGAGUGCCAGCUGAUGCCCGCACUGGUCAGCAUGCUCAGCAGUGAUAAUCUAGGUCUCACUGUGGAAUUUGGAACGAUUCUCAUUUACACGUGUGAGAAGAGUUGCUGGCCUCCGAAUCAGCAAACACCCAUGGAAGAAUUUUGUGUUAUACAAGAAGACCCAGAUGAAUUUUUACUUAAGUAAAACGCUUUCUCUUAUUUAUACAAAUUAAAACAAAAUUUCCUAUUCAAA